CUUUUUAAAUGCAUCCGGUUUAGAUUGUGACGUCACGUUUAGUUGACAUCAUCACUGAAAUAGCAAAAACAAAAGACAUGUCUUACGCUUACCUAUUCAAAUAUAUAAUUAUUGGUGACACAGGUAAUGAAGAGUUCAGCGAGCUCUUUUAAAAUAUUAUCUUAAUAAUACCUAAAUUAUUUUUCUUUUCUUAAACGAUCAGUGUAAAUUACAUAGCUCUCUGCUAAUCAAAAUAGUCCAAUCCAUCAUGGCGGACAAAAGAAACAACUAGUGACUAGUAGUAGUUAGGCUAAUUAAGUAUGCAGUUGUUAAAUGGUGCUUAAUAUUAUACAUUUAGCCUAUAGUAUUUUAUCUUAAGAGUUCAUACAUUGAAAUUUGAUUAAUAGUAGACUUAUGACAUAGUCAAUUAAAUCUAUUCAACAAUAAAUUUGCUCUUUUAAUAUGUACUUAAAUAAGUACAAAAAUUAAAAUUAAGAAUUUUUUUGAUGAUAGUAUAAUUAGAUACGUUGGUCAAAAAUUUAAACAUUUUGUAAAAAUAAACCAAUGUCAUAGUUGAAUAGAGCUAAAUUUUUACAGAAUUAUAACACCAAAAUCAUAUUUUUAGCUCUUGUAGUUUUAAAGUUAUGAAUUUUUAAAGUACGACUUGGUUUGUCCUUUUUUAACAUGGACUGCAUCAUCACAUUCUGUGACCUCAAUCCGCCGAUUGCGUCAUGCGCAAUGACUAUAUAAUAUAUAGUUUAUAUAAGGCAUUCCCUUAUCACUAAAAUACUGUUUAGGGUCGACUUAUUUUAAACGUUCAACUUUGGCACAUGAAUAAUUAAUUACAGCUUUCCCUGACCAAUGGUUUAAUAGUUUUUGCACAAGGCAAACUCUUAUGAAUGAAACUCUGAGAUAGUACUACGUCAUAGCCGUUAUGCAAGUGGUUGUGAAUGGUUGCCAAUGACAACGUGUUGCACAAGGAAAAUUCUGAUCAUUUAUAAUAUGGACUCUACAGGGUUUUUAAAGCUCAAAUUAAAACAUUCCAGUUUAAAUUAGGGGUGUGCCGGAUCCGUUUUUUCCAACCGGAUCCGGAUUUUCUUAUGCGAAAUCCGCCGGAUCCGGAUUCCGGUUUCUCCCGGAUUCCGGAUUUUGGUACUAUCGGUAGAUACUUCGGUAAGUCAAGGUGGACUACUACUUUUUGUGUAUGGGAAUUCGCAAUCGGCGCCAAAAAAUCCGAGUUUUUAAUUUUCCGAUGUGUGUGUCUAUUUAUUAUUAAAUUAGUACUUUCGAUAUAUAUUUGAGUUCCGUUCCAUUUGGAUAAGUGUCUUACGAGAGACGCCAUGUUUCUACGCGUUCGCAGCAGGUUAUGCAGCUCGCUCAACCUAAUUUCGCCAUGGGGUUGGCCACGCCCCCCUUUUUAAUGGCGGAAGUUGACGAUACUUAGGAAAUAUUAAUUUAUUAUCACUAUUUACAUCAAAAUAAUUGAUAACUUGUGUUUCAGAAUGCAUUUAAAGACAUUUAAACUGGAAUGUUUUAAUUUGAGCUUUAACAACCCGGUAGAAUCCAUAUUAUAAAUGAUCAGAAUUUACCGUGUGCAACACGUUGUCAUUGGCAACCAUUCACAGCCACUUGCAUAACUGUAUCGUAGUACUACCUCAGAGUUUCAUUCAUAAGAGUUUGCCGUGUGCAAAAACUAUUAAACCAUUGGUCAGGGAAAGCUUUAAUUAAUUAUUCAUGUGCCAAAGUUGAAAGUUUAAACUAAGUCUAAACAGUAUUUUAGUGAUAAGGCAGGGAAUGCGUUGCCUUAUAUAAACUAUAUAGUCAUUGCGCAUGACGGGAUUGGUGGAAUGAGAUCACAGAAUGUGGAGAUGCAGUCCAUGUUAAAAAAUGACAAACCAAGUCGUACUUUAAAAAUUCAUAACUUUAAAACUACAACAGCUAAAAAUAUGAUUUUGGUGUUAUAAUUCUUUAAAAAAUUACAUCUUUUCAACUAUGCCAUUGGUUUAUUUUUACAAAAAGUUUAAAUUUUCUUAUCAAAGUCCCUACACUAUUGGCCACUAUUAGCGGUGCUGACUCUAGCCUCUGGUAUGUACGGAAUAUUAAACAUUAAACAAGCUCAACGCUCGAAACAAUCGAUUAAUGUAUCGUGAUCGUGUGAAAUUCGGGAAAGAGAAUUACUUUUAUUUCAGAUUAUGAUCCGGUGAGUCACAAAAUCUGGCAAAUUCCGAAAUCCGGUAUAUUCCGGAUUGCGGAAUCCGGUUGUUCCGGAUACAUGUAAAUCCGGCGGAACCGGAUUUCACCGGAUAGUGCAAAAUCCGGCGGAACCGGAUUCCGGACCGGGGUCCGGCACACCCCUAGUUUAAAUGUCUUCAAAAUGCAUCCUGAAACACAAGUUAUCAAAUAUUUUGAUGUAUAUGGUGGUAAUAAUUAAAUAUUUCUUAAGUAUCGGCAACUUCCGCCAUUAAAAAGGAGCGUGGCCCACGCCAUGUCGAAAUUAAACUGAGCCCCCUUAUGAUUAUGGUGAUAUGGGUCACUGGGAGAAGCGUAGCGAACGUGGGACACGACCUACAUCAAUGAGAAUAGGCACAGAUAUAUGUCAAUAUCUAAUGCCUUACACGAUUUAAUAUAAAAGACAUGUUCCUUAUAUUUCACAAAAAAUUUUGUAUUCGAAGAUGCCUUAUAUAUACCAAAGAUUUUCAAAAUGAAGGUCGAUUGAAAAAAGCAAAAUAGCUGGAUGGAGAUGUAGGCCAAGAUGUCUUCCAAAUUAUAAGGCCGGAAACGGAACUCAAAUAUAUGUCGAAAGAACUAAUUUAAUAAUAAAUAGACACACACAUCGGAAAUUUAAAAACUCAGAUUUUUCGGCGCCGACGCCCAUUUCCGAUACACAAAAAGUAGUAGUCUCCCUUGUUUUAUCCAAGUACCUAGUAUAAUUGUUAGGUACGGUACUUUGAUUAGAAAAUUAAAACUUUUUGUAAAAAUAAACCAAUGGCAUAGUUUAAUAGAGAACAUUUUUUAAAGAAUUAUAACACCAAAAUCAUAUUUUAAGCUGUUGUAGUUUUAAAGUUAUGAAUUUUUAAAGUACGACCUCGUUUGUCAUUUUUCAACAUGGACUGCAUCUCCAGAUUCUGUGACCCUAUUCCGCUGUUCACGUCACGAGCUAUAUAACUCUCGUUUUUAUGCAACUUUUAUUUUCAGAACUAAUGCUGUAUUAACAAAUAAUUUUAAUAAUGUUAUACAAUUAUAUAUAAAUUAUAGUUUAUCUAACUAUGCACUAUGUAUAACAAUAAAUUUAAAAUAAUAUAUUAAUAUAUAGCUUUUCUGUUUACCAAAUCUUCAGCGUCCAUUUUGCCGAUAUAUGCUGUAUAGUCAAUAUAAGGCAACGCACCCCAUAAAAUGUUGUUUGGGAUCUACUUAUUUUGAACUUUCAACUUUGUCACAUGACUAAUUAACUAAAGCUUUCCCUGAUCAAUGGUGUUAAUAGUUUUUGCACACAGCAAACUCUUAUGAAUGAAACUUGAGGUAGUACUACGGCAUAGCAUUAUGGAAAUGGCUGUGAAUGGUUUCCCAUGACUUUUUGCACACUGUCAAUUCUGAUCGUUAAUAAUGUGGACUCUACUGGGUUUUUAAAGCUCAAAUUUUAAAAUUCUAGUUUAAAUGUCUUCAAAAUGCAUUCUGAAACACAAGUUAUCAAAUAUUUUGAUGUAUAUAGAGGUAAUAAUGAAUAUUUCCUAAGCUAAGUAUCAGCAUUUUCCGCCAUUUAAAAGGGGGCGGGAUCACUAAUCCAAAAUAGCCUGUGAGACCUUUGCAUAAUGAGGUCAAUGUUGAGGAGAAUUGUGAAAAUGUUUCAUGAGCUAUCUUAAUGAAGUUUUGCACACAUGUACUUCAACAAAUUAUGAAGUCCUACUUUUAAAAUGAAAGACCUACUUUGAAUAUUUAGACCAUAUUUUUUUAUGCGAAGAUGCCUUAUAUUGACAUACAAUUUUGCUUACAUAACGUUGAUAUAAAGAAAAAAUUAACUCAAUGGGAAUGUUGUUCAACAUUUCUCCUAACGUUAAUGGGCGGAGUCAGACCUUAAUUAUAGGCAAAAAGGACACCUAAUUUAUUCAAAUUGCACAUGAAAAAUUAAAAACUCGGACUCCUUUGCGCAGACGCACAUUUCCGAUACAAAUUUACUAGGAGUGUCCUUUGCUUCGGCGGAGUACCUAGAUAAUAGUUAUUUAGAGCGAAUUUCUAAUGAAAAAAAUGAAACCAGUAUCAACUUUUUAGCUUAAGUACUUUUUGAGCUAAGAAUUUUUUUUAAGUGUGAGUUCGUUUAGUAUUUUUUACUAUGGUCACAUCUUGUGACCUCAUUCCGUUGAUCGUGUCAUGCGCAAUGACUAUAUAGUUUAUAUAACUAAAAUACUGUUUAGAGUCGACUUAUUUUAAACUUUCAACUUUGGCACAUGAAUAAUUAAUUACAGCUUUCCCUGACCAAUGGUUUAAUAGUUUUUGCACACGGCAAACUCUUAUCAUGUCAUUAUGAAUGAAACUCUUAGGUAGUACUACGGCAUAGCCAUUAUGCAAGUGGCUGUGAAUGGUUGCCAAUGACAACAUGUUGCACACGGAAAAUUCUGAUCAUUUAUAAUAUGGACUCUACCGGGUUUAAAGCUCAAAUUAAAACAUUCCAGUUUAAAUGUCUUCAAAAUGCAUUCUGAAACACAAGUUAUCAAAUAUUUUGAUGUAACUAGUGGUAAUAAUUUAAUAUUUCCUAAGUAUUGGAAACUUCCGCCAUUAAAAAGGGGGCAUGGUUACAUUCAUCGAAAUUGGGUGAAGUGAACUGCAUGACAUGUUGCGAACCCGUAUAAACAUGGCGUCUCUCGUAUAACACAUAGCAUUGUGAAAAUUGGCAUACAUGCUGAUCAAUACAUGCCCAAUAUGUAUAAAAAAAUUGGGUAGUGCCAUAUCUUUUACUUCGACUUCAUUUUAAUGACGAAAGUUGUCUUAUAUUCACUAAGGAUUUUCUCAAAGCCAAGCUGACCGAUUGUAAAUGAAAAAGAAAUUGAUCAAAAUGUAGGCCAAGAUGUCCUCUAAAGCGAAAGGCCGGAAGAGUAACACAAUUCUGGGAUAUAGUAAUUAUUUUAUGAAUGAAAUAGUACCAACAUCAAAAAAUUAAAAACUCGGAUUUUCGCUCGCCGAGUGCCAUUUCCCACACAAAUUUUUAGUAGUCUCGCUUGCUUUAUGGAAGUACCUACUUUUAACUACAACUAAAACUUUCAAUUCUUAAAUCUAAAUUCUUAAUUUAAUGUUCCUUUUUCUGUUUAACAAUUCAGCAACUGAGCAAUGCAGUAAGCUUUUUUAAGUCUCAGGCUUUUAAUUUUAUACUAAAAAUAGGUAUGGCAGUAAAGCCGUUUUUAAUGAUUUUUUCAUUAAUUCAAGGACUAUUUUUUCAUAAAAUUGCGUUUCUCCACAUGUUUACAAUAAGGGAUACUUAGCCUACUUUCCAUCAUACCGUUGUGCCUUUUUUUAUCUAUAUUAAUUUUCGCAAUUCAUAGGUAUAUAUUAAGCAUCUUUCCCUCAAACAUUUUUGAAGAAAUUAAAAGAACAUGUCUUUCAUAUUAAAUACUGAAAAGCUUGAUAUAUUGUUAUAUUUGUGUGUCCCCAUUCUCAUUGUUAUUUCAUUUCCGACGUUCGGUGCAAGAAACCUACAUUAUCGUAAGGUCGCUCAACCCAAUUUCAACCACGGGUCCUUUUUAAUGGUGGUAGAUGUCGAUAGUAACUAAAUAUUCAAUUUUUACCACUAUUUACAUCAAAAUAUUUGAAAACUUGUGUUUUAAAAUGAACUUAGAGGUAAUUUAAACAAGGAUAUUGUAAUUUGAGGUUUAAAAACUCGGAAGUCCAUAUUAUAAAUGAUCAUAAUUUGCAGUGUUCAAAACUUUGUCUUGGGUAACCAUUCACAGUCUCUUGCAUGUGCUAUGGUAUUAUAGUAUUAUUCUCAUAGUUUCAUUCAUAAGAGAAUAAAUGUGCCAUGUGCAAACAACUCCCCCAACUCAGUAUUUUCGGAUUGGAAAAUAAAAAUGUCAGUUUAAAUGACAAGGAACUGGUAACUGGGAGAAAAUGUCCACCUGGAAGUUCCCUGGCUGUUAAUUUAACUCUCAUAAUAAGUGUAAUUAUUGAAUAAAAAAAUAUGUAGGCCUAUGUGAAAUAAAAUUGAGACUAAUAUGAUGAAUGAAGGCUUGUUGCCAGCAUAAAUAAUAUGAAAUAAGUGUUCUUGAUCCUUUGCAAAUUAGUGCAGUUCUACCUGAAAAUCUCAAUUUUAGGUACUUAUUCUCAGACAAUUAAAGUUUUGAAGUUUGAACAAUGAAAAGAGGUCUAUGUGCCAAAGUUCACAUUUUUAAGGGAUGUUGUAAAUGAAAAUGAUCUUAUAUCCAGAGCUAUAUUAUUCGUUUGAAAAUCGAAGCAAUUAGAUUAUGGUUGCAUGGGGUCCUAUUCCUUGAUGACUAAAGUAAGAAAUAGGCCUAAGAUAUUCCACUCUGAAAGCCAGGAGCUCAGUUUUAUUAAAAAAAAAUAAAAAUACAAGCUAUUCUUAAAAUCUGAAUGGGAUGUUUCUAAAUUUUAACAAUUCAAUGUGAAUUUAAUUAACAAGUUGCUUGCUCAAAAUCAGGUAAACACAUGUGUACGUUUUUGAAAUUUCAAGUAUAAGUCUAAGAUAAAUUGGCGCCAAUUGAAGAAAGAAAAUAGCAAAAUAGAUACAAAUUAAUAUAAUAUUUAAGCUAUUUCCCUAAUUAAAAAAACAACUGACCGAUCUUGCAAAAGUUCCUAACCACUUCUGCCUUAUCAAAAAAAAUGUAUAGGCCAUACAAUUUAUUAUUAAAUUGCAGUGAAUUUUAACUGGCAAUUGGAUCUCCUUCAACAUCAUAUUGACAAUCAUGGGGAUGGUUAGUACUCUUUAACCUUGGAUGGUAACUCAUCUAAGAUAAAGCAAAUUCUGAAAUCAAACCUGGAGAUAGAGUCCAGUAAGCUUUAUGACAUUGACACAACAAAAAUUCUGACUACUCCUGCAGUGUAGAACACAUAAAGAAACACUUUUUGGUCAUCUACUGCAUCCUGGUCUAUUUCCAGUCAUCUUGACUAAGUCUUGCUAUUAGAUCAAGAAAACAUAAAUGAAAGGACUGCUUUCAAGCUUGUAAAUGAAUGAAAUAGCGAAACGAGGUAUGUGGAAGCUUGAAAUGAGAUAGCAGGACAAAAAACAAGGGCGUUUCGGCAUAAAGCCUUCCUCAGCCAACAAUAGAAAUGAAAAUAUAACAAAGAAAAGAGCACAGCAGACAACUCAAGCAGUAUCCAUUCGUGUCUCCGGAAGUGGGAACUCAGGAAGCGAGAGAAUAUAAAUAUUGACACUGUGAAAAUGUGAAAAACGAAGUCCACACAAUAAUACCAAUGGCACCAUAUCUCCAUAUGGUAUUAAUCAAAUAAUAUCCUACUGAUGUUUCUCUGUUUCCCUAUAUUUCAUCUAUUUUCUUAUUGCUGUGUGUUGAUGUAUCCCUGGAUAUUCUGGUCCAUUAUUAUUGUGGACUUCAUUUUUCACAGUGUCAAUAUUUAUAUUCUCUCGCUUCCUGAGUUCCCACUUCCGGAGACACGAAUGGAUACUGCUUGAGUUGUCUGCUGUGCUCUUUUCUUUGUUAUAUUUUCACUUCUAUUGUUGACUGAGGAAGGCUUUAUGCCUAAACGUCCUUGUUUUUUUGUCCUGUUAUCUCAUUUCAAGCUUCCACAUACCUCGUUUCGCUAUUUCAUUCUAUUAGAUCAAAUAGGCAAAGGACAAAAGAGUGAGGCUGAUGAAUUGAGCUAUUCUCCCUCACUUUAAACAAAAUACAGCUCAAAUCAAGUCGAAUUUUGCCUUGGUCAUCUUUGUAUGCGAAGGAUGAACAAUAAUAUAAACAAUAAAAAUUCAUGGGGACGUAAUUGAGGUUUUCUUUUGCUUUUCAACCCACGAAAUAAUCUAAUAUGUAGGUCACCAAUGAAUUUUUUUUUUUACAUUCUAUAUACCCAAAUAACUUUAUAUUUGCUGACUCAAAGAGUAAUGUUUAAUGUUUCUAAAAAACUUAUUUGGAUGAUAAAAAAGGCCCAACAGUCAGUGUGGGUGUGAGUUGAAGAAAGUAGCACAAUUGUGUAUUCACUGUUGAAAGGUUAAGGUCAUAUUCAUUUAGCUCACAGAAUUCCAACAUUCAUUCCAUUCAUGUGAUUCCUUGUCCAAUUACUCUCAGCAUUUCUAUACUUACAUGUGCCUAAGUUUACACCACAGCAUGUGACAGUUUGACAUUUUGUGGGUUUGAAAGAAAAAAAAAAAUAUAUAUAUAUAUACACACACACACAUGAUUUUUAAUGUAAUUAAAUUUUUUUUUUAACAAUCUUUAUAGACAAUGUUCUGAGUUUAAAUCAAGAUUUUUAAGUGCCUAUUAGUAAUAAAUAUUUGUUGAGCUGUGAGAAAACCAAUGAUGCUAUAGAUAUAUUUCUUUGUUGGAAGACCUUUUUUUGUGUGAACAUUUUCAGAGAUAGUAUUGUAUAAAUUCAUAGCCUGUUAAACAGGCUUCCUUAACACAGGCUCAGCAGCUGUGUAACAGUGUCAUGUAAAAUCACAUUAUGCACAUUUGCCUGCCAGGAACAGAUGUUACCCCUUUUGUUAGUGAAUCAUGGAUGAUACAGGCCAGAACUCCUGAUCAUAGCAUAGUGCUAUUAUGUUUCAAAGUAUGGAUUUUUUUUUUUCUAUUUGGGGAGGAAGAAAAAACAUAUAUUUCUAAAACAAGACAAACAGUACUCAUAUUUUAAUUAAGUCCACAUUUAUUUAAUAAUCCCUCUUAAACACUAACAAUACAAGGUAGAUUGAUGUAAUUAGAGUGUCAUUGUAAAAUUAUAUUGUACUUAAGUAUUAGGGGUCUCUUGUGUAGUUUUCCAAACUUAAUACCAAAAAAAACAAACCAUGAAUGAUCACUGUAACCAAUUUUCUUUGUUGAUCCAAACAUCUUGCCUCAUGGCAUCCCAUCCUAAUUGAAAUUUGGCCUAGGUGCUAUGCACAGAUUUAUAUUGUUGUCUUUUACAUUUUUCUAAACUUCAAUGAUUUUUAGUAAUAAUUAGCUAUUCUACAUACAAAUCUAAGAUAAAUUGUAGUACAACCUUUUAAUUUAAAAAAAAAUGUCAUUACAGUAUUUCUUAUGUAUAUCUGAAAAGAAAGCAUUCACCUUGACAUUAUUUUAUUACACUAUGAAACCAAAGAAUGUUCCUAAAAUGUAAAUAUAUAAACUCUUCACAAACCCGCUGAACAAUUUUUAACUUGUUUUUUUUUUUAAUAAGUGACCAGUUCUACAAGAUUCACACUCUGGUCCACAUUAACUUAGUUCACCCGACUCUUACACCUUAACUCAUCUCUUUACUUGCAGGUGUUGGCAAAUCCUGUCUGCUACUUCAGUUCACAGACAAAAGAUUUCAACCAGUUCAUGAUCUAACAAUAGGUAAGUUUUGAUGAUAAGUGUUUUGUGUGUGCAUUGAUUUUUGGUUUAUGUAAAUUGAUAUUCAAGAUGAUUGCAACCGAAAGGAACAAAAGGUUGAUGCCCAUUGUCUAUGUGAAGAUUUUAAAGCAGCAGAAACAUUGUGUAAGGAUUGAAUAGCUAACAUUGAAAUUGUUGUAUAUUUUAUAUAUUUUUAUUUUUAAAAAUUAAAAAAAUAUAUAUUUUUACUGUUGCAGGUUGUGUUCUUUGGUUAAUCUUUUGAAACAAAAAUCAAUUCUAUUUUUUUAGGUGUUGAGUUUGGGGCGCGCAUGAUAACAAUUGAUGGCAAACAAAUCAAACUCCAGAUAUGGGACACGGUAUGUUCAAAUAAUUAUUUCAUCCCUCCCUUCCCCAAAUGUUUCCAUGAAUUUAAGAAAAAAAGCAACUUAGUACAAAGAAAUAAGAUAAACAUGCAUUUGCAGAAAUUGUUUGGGUUUUCUAUUUUAAUGGUUUGUUUUGAAAUAAAACUAUAAUUUUUAUACCAUUUUAUUUAACUGAAUGCUAUAAAUAAUAUUUGUAGCUAUUUCAAAUGUACUAUUAACUAUAGCAUAAAAAUAAUAUUGCUAAGAAAUAAAAAAAAAAGAAAAGAUUAUUGAAUUCCUGUAGUGUGAUUUACUGAUUAAUAAUAUAUAAUUUUCUAAAACUCUGUAAUUAAUGUUUUUGAUAGAUUUAAGAAAUCUACCGGUCCUUUAGUUUUUAAAAGCAUUAUUUAUUUUUUUUUUAUAGGCGUAUAGUAAAUUUGUAAUAAUGAUGAUAGUAAUUUGUAAUGAUAAUGAUAGUAAUUUGUAAUGAUAAUGAUAGUAAAUUGUAAUGAUAAUGAUAGUAAUUUGUAAUGAUAAUGAUAGUAAUUUGUAAGGUUAAUGAUAGUAAUUUGUAAUGAUGAUGAUAGUAAUUUGUAAUGAUAAUGAUAGUAAUUUGUAAUGAUAAUGAUAGUAAUUUGUAAUGAUAAUGAUAGUAAUUUGUAAUGAUAAUGAUAGUAAUUUGUAUUAAAAAGUGUGAAAGGUAAUCCAAUUCUAAAUAAAUAAUGACAUUAUUUACUGCAACCACUUCUAAGGCUGGACAAGAGUCCUUCAGGUCAAUUACAAGAUCUUAUUACAGAGGAGCUGCAGGAGCACUUCUAGUCUAUGACAUCACCAGGUACGUUUGCUCCUUUUAGUUUGGAUUAUUUAAUGUUAAUAUAUUAAAAUAAUUGUUAAAUUAAUAAAAUUGUGAAUAGUUUUUAAUCUUGUAACAACAUGUACGGAGUGGCUAUUCGCACCCGGGUACCAGAGGGGAGAGGUUGGGAUUAAAAAAACUAUUUGAAAUAUUAUUGUUGGGUUUGUAAGAUAAAAUGAGGUGUCAAAUGAAAGAUAAUUGAAUGGAUUAUAUGUUUGUAAACUUAAUUCUUCAGUUUAACUUUAACUAAAAUAAACUACCACAAAUGACAUCCGAAUAGCAUUUUGUCUUACAAACCCAACAAUAAUAUUUUAAAUAGUUUUUUAAUCCCAAUCUCUCACUUCUGGUACCCGGGUGCAAAUAGUUGCAGCCUAACAUGUAACCUUUAAUCCACAUCAGCAGCUUUUAACUUUAAAAAAUCUUUAAUAAAAAUUCCACUAAUAACCAAAAUUCUAUGAUGCACCAUUAAAAAUGAAAAAUUUUGAUGAGAAGCUGUAUAGCUACCAAUAAUGCUAUAAGCACAGUUUUUCCCUUUAUUUCAUAAUCCAGCUGAUAUAAUUCUUUUAUAUAAAAAUAUUACAACACACCAAUGAAUCUUUCAUGACACACUAGUUGAAAACUGCUGUUCAAUUUCUAUAAAAGUUAGUAUUUUGUUUCAGACAUUCUAUUUUUAUCCUCCACUUUAUUUUAAAUAUUUAUUUGUAAUUGUCCAAUUAUUUUUUUUUUAGACGUGACACUUUUAACCACCUGACAACAUGGUUAGAAGAUGCAAGACAACAUUCAAAUUCUAACAUGGUCAUUAUGCUCAUUGGAAACAAAAGGUAUUUCUAAAUGGAAGUUGUUACUCGAUCGGGGAUCUCAACAAGUUGUUGAAUGUUACACUACACGAAACAUUAAUUACCAUGCCACAGGGGUCUCAAACUCAAAUCAUCCGGGGGUCGCAGGAGGUAGAGUCUGAGUGAGACUAGGCCGCAGCAAGUAUUCCACAAAAAAGCGAUUAAAAAUUUCAAUAAAUUACAACUGUUACAAUCUGGUCAACCUUUAUUAAUAACAUAAAAACAUUAAGGGUUCUCAAGAACUAGGCUUCACGUUCUUCCUCCUAUUCCUUUUUGCCAGAGACCUGGCAUUUGGCCAGAGACGUGGCAGAUCUUCUUCUUUAAUAGCUGAGCAAUAUUUAGCUUGAGUGACGAAGCAACUGUGACUUGUUAAAGUUCAUAGUGGAAAAAGAGCUUUUCACACAGAUAAGUACUCCCAAAAAAGGCACAAGAUCUGCUUGAACAACCUGGAAAUCUCAGGGAAGGUGGAGGACAAUGCUCUCAUAAAAUGACCAUGCCUGUCACUUUUUCCAUUCACCUCCCUGAACUUAGAAUUGCACUGAAGAUCAAUCAGCUCCAUUUGAAGCGCAAAACAUGGGGUGGGGUGGCAUCUUCCACAUUGAAGGGGAAAGAGUUGGCAAAAAUUUUGAAAAGUGGUUCUGUGUGUUUUGUUUUGAUCAAUAUAUAUGUGAUCAAAUUCUUCCUGUAGCUUUGCAAUGGCACCAGUAUACUUACUAGGAAGUUACUACUGAAUGGUGUGCCAAAGUCCAUGAGUACUUUGCAUGUUGGGAAAUUGCAGAGGUUACUCUGAGAACCAUAACAAAUUUUGUGCAGAAUGCCCUGACAUUGUCAUAGGCAACACUGACAAGCGACCCCUGGUCUUGUAACUUCUUGUUGAGUACAUUUAGCUUCUGUGUAAUAUCAAAAAUAAAAGCCAAGUCCAUGAGCCAUUUGGGAUUACUUAGUACAGGAACAACCACCCCAUCCUUCUCCAUGAAGACUUUAAAGGCUAAAACAUAUUCAAACAGUAGACAAGUGCAGGCAAUAUUGAUGUAUUGGAAGAUGCUAUUGUAGGAAAAAUGAAUUUUGCUUUUUUUAUUGUAGAGAAAGCCUUUUUGACUAACCCUAUUUUGAAAGUAACCAAGCUGACAGGCUCGGAAUUUCUCUCACUUGUAAACACUAGCGGCAAUUUCAAUAGGGAUUCUUUGAUAAUGUGUCAGAUUGCUACAAUUUACAUAAUUAUGGUUAUGCAUUACCCACUACCUGACUUUUUAAACUUUUCUCAAAAUUGCACAUGGCCAUGUUUGUCUCAUAAAAUGCUAUAAAAUAAAAACUUUUAGUCUGAUUUAAAAAAGGUUUUUACUAUUAUAAUCAACGUCCAAAUUUAUACAAACAUAAUGAAAAUCAGAAAUGGACUAGUCGGUGAGAUUCGACUUAAACUAUCACGGAGAAUCAUAUUAUAGAUAUGAGAAUGGGGAAAAUGUACGGGCCACAUUAACACUAAACUUUUCUGUCGUGAGUUUGAGACCCCUGCCAUGCCAGCAUCCAACAGCAGCCCUCUAUUUUUUAAAGCUCACAUAAUUCACUUAGAGCUCAAUUAUAUUUUAGAACAGUUUGAUUAACUCGUUAUAUAAUGCUUAUUUUAUCUUGUGUGAACAUUUUGCAAACAUUGUAAAAGUAAUAGUUUAAAAAACUGUUUCUUCACAUCUUUUUAACCCUUUAACUGUCAAGUGCAUUUUUCUGUGGUGUCAAGUCAUUUUUAGCAUUUUCACAUGCUUGUCAAAAAUGUUGAAAUCUCAUACUAAAUGAAUUCAGAGACCCUUACAAGUAAACAUUUUCUUAACAUGCAUUGGACAAGGUGUCUUAUGGUAUGAAAAGAAUUCAUUUUUAUCUUAUGUAUGUUGAUUUUGACCUUACCUUUACAGAGUGAGUAAAAUUGUACUACUCAAUUUCUGAAUUCAACUCAACUUAAUGCUCCAUAAAUUGUUCAAACUAUCAUAAAAUCAAGUUUUUGAGAAACUAGAAAUAAUAUUCUUUCAGAAAAUGUCAAGUUAUAGUUACUUAUAUUGAAAAUGGUAAUAAUGGUGAAUUUUUUUCAUUAGCGUCAUUCAAAUUUCUGUCAUACAAAAUACACUGGGAAAGGCACGAAAUGAGUUUUAAAAUUCCUUUUUAAAUUAAAUGCAUUUUUUUAUUAAUUUAUUAAUUACUACUCCAGAACAUAGACAAACAUAAAUGUCUUUGAAUCUCUUUGGGAUACGUCUUUGUGAUCCAGUUUUUGUCUUUUUUGUUCGAUUUCCAUCCAUUCUCAAACAAAAUUGUCUGUAACAAUACGAUUUAGCUUAAAAUUGUCAAUAUCUUAUCUCGCCAUACCUGAUAGAGCUAAUACAUCAUUACUAGCUUGUGGAUUAUCUUUGAAAUUAUUGCUUUCAUUUUAAUCCAUUUGAAAUUAUUCCAAUAAAGAAAGUCUGUGUUCAUUUCUUAAUCUAGAUGGGGGUCCUCUCCAGCAUCAAACAUGGCGGUAAAAAAAAUUGAUAAAAUUUCACACCCGAUUAAUCACAAAUAAAGCCCCGAUAAAAACACUUGAACACUCGGAAAGUAACGGAAAGCGGAAGGAAACUCAUUUAUAUAGUGAUUUCUGCUUAAUUAACCUGUAUACUUCAAAUUAUUCGCAUGUUUAAAGACGAUUUUAUUAGGGUUUUACGGUCGAUGAUCGGCUGUUUUGACAGUUAUAGAUUUAAAUACAAAAAUUAGGAGAUAUAUUUUGAUGUAAAACACUUAAGAUAUAGAUUGUUAUGUAAAAAUCAGGAUUUAUAUUUCCAUUACAUUAUUUCUUAGUGAUUUGGAAGCCAGGAGAGAAGUGAAGAAAGAAGAAGGCGAGGCAUUUGCGAGGGAGCAUGGCUUGAUAUUCAUGGAAACCUCUGCAAAAACUGCUGCUAAUGUUGAAGAGGUGCAUACAUUUAAUCUUAAAUAAAAAAAUUGGACUGGCCUGUGUCAGGAAUAAGAACAUUAAGAUUUGUAAUCUCCUCUUGUCAGCAUCUAAUUUAUAAAGGGCCGUUUGACUGUAUGUAUGUAUGUAUUUACUUGUGUUAGUUGGUGACAUAAAAACUAAACAAGGGAUCACAACCAAAUUUGACAUGCUCACACCUCCUGACAUAAAUGUGGUUCCUGGAAAGUUUGGUAAAAAUCACAUAGCACAAACUGAUUUUUGAAUGUGCUAAAACUAGGUGACUGUUCAUUCACCGCUGCAUAUUAAUUAUUAUGUAAUAUCUACUAAGGGCAGUGUCCCUAUGUAUGUAUUUACAGGGUUAACACUGGGUAAUAUCUGCUCGUAUGUUAUAUAGAUUAAAUUUUUAUUAAAAGUGCUGAUGAUCAGGUACUUUUUGGUUCAAUUAUGGAACCAAAUUAAUUUUCUGAAAUAUUGAAAGUAUUGAACUGAAAGAAAACAAUAAAAUUUCUUUUAUGUUUGUGCACAUACAACAAUCUAAUGGAUAACAUUCGUGAUAACCACAAAAAUGGGUUUUGUUUAUAAAUGCAGAUAAAAAAUUAAAUUUUUCGGAGCAACAACAGUAAAUGUGUUAAGUGCAUCUAAAUUUAUAUGAUCUAUGAAUUAUGAUCACUUAGUAUUUAAUCAAAGAUGUAUAAACUUUUAUACAAUGUGCAUUUAAUUUUUUGUUUGCACAUGAGUUUAUCAAAAGUGGGAUCGUAAUUUUGUGGUCUUAAAGACCAUUAGUAAUGGGAUGGCACAAGAGAAAAUAAAUAUUGACAAAUAAUCUCCAUGUAAAUGGCACUGCAACCUUUAAGAACAAUGAUCUCUCAUCACUAGGCUUUUAUCAACACCGCCAAAGAAAUCUACCAAAAGAUACAGGAUGGUGUAUUUGAUAUCAACAAUGAGGUAAACAAAAUUAUUUUAAUUUGUUAUCAAGUUAAUAUGAUCCUUCUAAUAGAAUAUAUUCUCUCUCAUAAGGCCAAUUUCCCACUUCCACAUCUUCAUCUUUGUUUACUCAGUCCCCUGUGGCACAAAGGCCAUUAAUAAAACUCUUUCUGAAUUUCCCUGAUUUUAAAUCUUUACCUUUCAGUUCUUGCUAAUUCCUUGUCUAAACUUUCCUAGCUCUUCCAGUGAAGUCACUUCCUUCCUUGUCCAAGUUUUACUAGUUUUUCCAGUGAUGUUACUUCCUUGUCCAACUCUCAUUUGGCCAUUUUAAUGACAGCUAGUACCUUGCCCAAUUCUCUCCUGUUCACUUCAAUGAUAGCCAGUACCUUGCUCAACUAUCUCCUCCUAGAUGGCCUUGAUAUUCUUCCUCCCACACAAAUGAAGAAAAGCAUUUAUUUUUGCUACCUUCUAAACAAGUGCUACCUAUUUAAUUUUCUUUCCUUCUUGCUUUGAUCCAGAUAUUAUUCUUAGCAAUCUCUUAUAUUCUUAAUUAUACAUCUUCAUAUUUCCCAGGCUAAUGGCAUCAAAAUUGGACCCCAGCAUUCGCCAGCCAGUCAGAGUUUGAAUGUGGGGGGAUCUGGUGGAAACCAAGGGGGAAACUGCUGUUAAAAAGGGGAUGGAACAAGUCUCAUUGGGAGGAAUAACACAGGCUGCCACAUGGAAUCAGAGGCAAGCAGUUCCAAAAAAUAAAUGAAGACUCUGCAUUGGUCUUUCUUUGGAUCUAAAACCUCUUUGUUAUUUUUCACAAAUGUUUCCACUUAUUUAUUGGAUAAAAAAAAUACCCUUAAAAAAUGAAUGGCAGUCCGAUGGUAUAAUAUUUGAUUGGGCCUAUUUGUUUCAGAUCGUUCACUUGGUCUGAAUUCAACUUGAAUUAGGAGAAUCAAUCAUCUCUUUUGUUUCUGUGGUUAUAUUUCUAUGGGUUUUAUUUUAUGGGGAACUGAAUUUUGUGACUCCAAAGUUAGCCAUCACUUGUGAGGAAAAUCUGGCUGCAAUUUUCUUUCACAUGUUUUGCUGAAGAAAAAGAAAAAAUAGCUCAUUAUAUUUUGGGGAAUACACAUCUUAUGUUUAAAAGUAUGACAAUUUACUUGAUACAUAACAAAUGCAUGAAUUAUAAAUGAUUAUUUUUAUUGUUAACAUGUGACUUUCAAAAAAUGUUUUCUACACAACUAAUAAAUUUUGUUUGUCCAUGGUUAGAAAAAACAAUUCCAAAAAGCUUGCUAUGCACUCAAGGCUUCAGUAUCUUCAGUCUGUUGAAGAAGUUAAUUGUUUCUCAUAAAAUUAGUCUUAAAAUUUAAACUGUCUAUAAAAUAUUUUUGAGAAUGGCUGUUAUGUCAAAUGCUACAUUUGAAAUGGACAGAAAAAUAACAUGGUUGUGAAAGAGUUGAAUUUGAACAAAUUCAAAGACUAUUCAAAGACUAAAAAAUAAACUCAGAAGAAAAAACUUUUAAAAAUAGAUAAGGAAGUGUCUCUCUUCUGUAAAAAGGGACAGAAAAAUAAGCACCAUUCUUAUACCAACCAUGUUUUUUUAUUAUUUAAAAAUGGCAUGCCUUUGUCUCCUCAGUGCAGUUGAAUGUAAAGAUAUUGUUUGUUUCAGUUCUUCUUUGGUCCAGCUGUUAAUUUUGUACAUUUAGAUGUAUAAGCUAUAAACUACAUUUAUCCUAUUAGCAUUGGACACUAAAUGAAUCAUUCACAUGGUGUUGAGAUGUUAUCAUUUACUGAUUUGGAUUAAAGGGAUUGAAGAUACUAUGUGUGCUGAGAACAUUUUUUUUCUUAUCAUUUCUCUCUCUUACUCUGUCAUUCUCAAUUUUAAAAAUAUUUAAAAUGUUUAAAAAAUGACAAGUUCUAUCCAAGUAAAUUCAAUUAAUUUAAAUCGUCUCUACUUUUUUUUGAGAUUUGCAUUAAUUCAUUUUUGUUGUUGCUUAAUUAUAUCUUGUACAAUUCACAAAUUCAUUAUACAUUACUUAGACUUCUAAAUUAAAAAAAAAAUUAACCCACGUUUUAAUUAAUUACAUUUUACAAAAUUUACAUAUGUGAAAUUACUGUUAAAGAAAACUUAUUUUAUAUAGUGGUUAAGAAAAUUAAAACUCAGUUGAGAUCAGUUUGCAAUGGUUGUUAAUUUGAUUGAAUACUAUAUAAUUAUUUCAUCUGUGAACAAAUAAACCAGUUGCAAAAAAUUAACUUAAAUGGAUGAGAUAAAAGUUUCUUUAACAGAAGUUAUAUUUAGAAAUGGAAGCACUUCCAAAAGCUGGGCUCUUUUGUAUAUAAUCACAAGCUGAUUGUCAGAGUAUAAGUAAUUUGUCUGCACCUAAACCAUUCCACAUUUCAUUUGCAAUAUGUCAUACAAAUAGCAGUAAGGAAGAACACUCAUCCAAUCAAACAGUUUGGGGUGGGGAAUUUUACUUAACAUUUGCUCUAAAAGUUAAUAAAUUUAUUUGAUGUUAGACUUAGUGACCAUGGGCUAGAAAUAACCUUUUAUACUGUAAUGAAUCUCUUCAGUGUGAUAAUUAUCAAAGUAAUAUGUAUACAAAGUUCAGCUUUGAGGUUUCAGGAACAAGCUAUUUAAUAAACAGAAUUUAAUUUAAUCAAAUAACUCUCAGACUCACACAAAGUAAUAAUUGAAUUACUAUUAAUUUUGUGUAAUAUAUAUUUUUUCAUAAACAAAAAAUUAUUUUUUACAAAAGGGAAAAUGGAAACAAAUAACAUUUACGUGUUGUUUUUUUUUUCAAUAAUUUUGAUGGUUAAUUUUAAAUUUAUUUUUUUAGCAUUUAAUCGGGUUCAUAUUUCAUUGCUGUGAUUUAUUUCUUGUUUACAUAAAUAUGUUUGGUUGCCCUCAUACUGAACUGAUCAUGACAUCACUACUAGCUGUAACUGUUGUGCUCUUGCCGUUGUGUUGUGUGUAUAUUGUGUCAAGUACAAAUCUCUGUAUCCGGCACUAUUUUAUUUAACCUCCCUUCCCAAUAGGCAAGAAAAAUAUUGGAAACUUAAAAAUGUAACAGCUAAUAUCUUUUCCUCAAUUUUAUUAGCAGGCUUUAAUUGGGAUCUUAAUUAAUUUGUGUAAGCGCCGCGCCCCCACCCCUUCUUUUAGAAAAAAAAACAACAGAUCAAUAACCAAAGUUAUUCUUGUUAUGCACAUUUAUUGUUACAAUCUUUCAAAAUAUCUCAGUUUAUAUGAAUUAUUAGCCACUUAGCUUUAAAAAUUAAAAACAAAUGCAGUGUGACUUUUAACUUAAUCUUAUAGCAUGUGUAUUUUAAUAGUGGUGGUAAUUAAAUACAGGAAGGCCUUGUACAGGAGUAAGCUUAUUAAUACUUUGAAGUGCAAUAUUUGGAUGUGGAAAAAGAUGGGGCUGAUUUUUGUCAUGAAAGUUUUUUAAAACUUUGGCUAUUUGUUUAAUACAGUGUUGUUCAUUUAGUCCCAUGUACUCAUUUCAUUUUGUAUACUUUCACUAGCCAAUUUUAUGAUUGUGUACAUGCUGGAGUGAUUGCUAAUGCAGAUUUUUCAAUUUCAUUUCUGUUUGCUGCUUCUGUUCAAACGUUCUCUUUUCUAUAAGAUUUUGAAGGGGAAAAAAAACAUCUUUUUAUCGUUCAUGAUUAUUUUAGCAAGAUUUUAGUUGUAGGGAGUGAAGUAAAAAUUGAUUAUUGUGAUAAACUUCUGUAAUAAACUUUAUUGUAAAAACAUUUUGUGCAGAUUAUUUAUAGGAUUGAUUUAUGCCAUUCAACAAAUAUUUAUUUCUCAAAACAAAAAGUAGUUCAAGUGUUUAGUUCUAUACAAAAUUAACAAAAAUCGUUUUUGAGGAAAAGAUGCAAAAUAAAUUUACAUCUUUAUUUGCUCAUCAUAAAUAAGCUUAAGUAAAUUUUAGGGACAAUUAACCUCAGGGUAAAAUUUGUAAUAUUAAUAUAUUUAAAGAACUGCUUAAAAUGCUUGUAGUUUUAACUGUGGAAAAUGUUUUUAAAAAAUUAACCUCUAACUUUUGAUACAUAUAUUGUCUUUUCAACAAACUAGCACAUGAGAGAGAUACAACUUUGCAGUAUGAACUAUUUGAUUCACUUGCCAGAGAGGAGACAAACAAAUAUCUCAAGUCAUACCAGAAGAACAUACAUUUUUUGAGGUAGUGUUGCGCUUAGAGUAUUGACUCUCCAAGUCUAUUAUGACUGCUGAUACUUCAUGUCCAACAAAACAGAAUGUAGCUAUCGGUAAAGGAAAAUAGGAAUUUGGUUUCAAAUGACUUUGAAGAAGUUGAGACUGCCAGGCAUUGCCAAGGCUAAGUUAUAGUUGUCAGUUGUUGGCAUGACACAACAAAGAGUGGGUCUACAUGCAUGGUUGUGUCUCAACCAGUCACAUUGUCACAAUUCAACUAUGAUUUACUGCAAUAUUUAUAAAAUAAUAAAAUGUCUGUAGAAACCUAGCUGGCCACCUUUUAGAGGAGUUUUUUUAAAGUGACUUCUAACAGGCCCUUUAAUCAACAUGCACAAAUGUAAUAUAUAUCGCAUAAUCAAGUUUUACACUAAAAAACAACAAAACAUCCCUUAUUGUUAACCCAUAAUGCAAAGUAUGAAUCAUGUGCUGUCAAUUUAUUUUGUUUCUAGUGAUCCUGUUAAUUUUUUUUUUAUUACCUCUAAAGAUAUUGUUAGCUAAUUAUUGUAAUAUGUGUUUAGCCCACUUGUGUAGUUUCUUGUUUGUUAAAUUUUAAAGGAGAGAAUGGGCAUGUGGGGAACUCAAUGGAGCUCUGUGAAUUUGAAUAAAUUCUGUGAAAUACUAAC